CAAGCCUCCGCGUACAGAGAGCAAGGCGGAUGACAGUGGCAGGAUGCAUUCGGCAACAUGAAUGCGGAAUUUCCCGCUAACAUCUUCAAUAAAGAUAUUGACUUCCUGAUAAUCGUUGCGUUCUGCGCAGAGGUAGGGUCAGAAUCCUCAUUCACACCAGCAGUGUCGUUGGAGGAGGAUUGGUGGCGAGAGGAAGAAAGUGGUAUGGAUGUGGGAUCAGCACCAACACCAGCACCAAAACCAGUAGCACUACUAAAUGGAUCGACGGAUGAAGAAACGGCUGCAACGUCGCUCAGGCCCGUACUGGAGUUGCCUGCAAACCCCCCCCAACCCCACCCUCAGAUCCGGCAUCAAGAAAGCCAUUAG